AAAAUGUUGAACGAUGAGUUCGCUGCUAUUUACAAGAAUAGCGAACGAUUCAGCAUUGAAGUUCUCAAUUACAAACUACAGAGAUGUGUUGAUCAUCACAACUAUUUGAACAGUUUCUUGAACUUGUUCAGUGAAACCUUUUCGUUGGCGAUAAUGAUAUUUAUAGGAAACAUUACAUUGUCCCUUUGCGUUGUUAUGUACGCAAUCCUCGCAGAGAGUUUCAACAUAAAUCACUGUACACAUCUGAUUGCUGGCUUAAAUAUGAUAUUUACCUGCUAUGCUUGGCCUGCACAGGAAAUGAUGAACGAGGCAAACGCAGUAAGAAACUCCGUAUACCUCAGUGAUUGGCACCUUUAUGGAGAACAUCAUAAACACAUAUUGAUAGUUUUGAUGGGCUCUCUGAAGACUAUAGAAUUUAAAGCUGGAGGAAUUUUGACGAUAGACAUGAAUAUGUUCUUGGCGUCAUGCAAGACGAUGGUUUCUUACUGCAUGUUUUUCCGAACCAUCAGCCUGACGGAUUAAUACAGCUAUAUUUGUAAAAUAAGAAACUGUUGAAACAGGCACUGUUAAAGGCUAAAUAAAUAAU